AUGCGAAACCUCGAGCCGGUCUUUGGAACCGGCCCCGGCGGUGGCCGCGCUGCGAUCGUCGUGGACGAGGGCGCCAUGACGGUCGAGGUGGAGGCCGGGAUGCCGCAACGCACGCUCCUCGACUACCUCGCGGACUACCGCUCGCCGUCGCUGUCCGACGGCCUCACGAUCCCCGCGUUCAGCUGGUUCAUCGACCAGACGAUGGGCGGCGCCAUCGCCACGGCGACCCACGGCAGCUCGCUCCGCUACGGCAGCCUGAGCGACCAGGUGGUGGCGAUGGAGGUCGUGCUGGCCAACGGGACGCGCGCCGAGCUGACACGCGAGUCGGACCCGCACUUGUUCCGCGCGUUUCAGACGUCGGUUGGCAACCUUGGGAUCGUCACGCGCCUCACGAUGCUCGUCGAGCCGCAGACGGCCGUGCGCAGGGAGCUCAAGGACGUCGACGUCGAGUCGUUCGUGCGCGAGAUCGAGCGGCUGCAGGCCAGGUACAAGGCCGCCGUGGCCGCGAAGAGCUCCAGCGCGGUCGUCGCGGCCCUCGAAGCGAUCGACGAGGUCCAGGCGCUGUGGUUCGUGCCCACGAAAUCGGUCUGGCGCGUGUCCUUCACUCGCAUCGACCGCGAGCCCCCCGCCGCCCUGCUCAACUCCGUCCCGGGCAUGCCUGGCGUGUACAACGCACCGCUGGCGUGGCAGGACGCGGCGGCGAACUACGGCGCGGGCGGCGUGAACGUUCCGAACGUGACCGCGAUGGCCGGGGACGACCGGCUGCCGAUGUUCGGCCCGCAGGAGCGCGGCCAUGACCGCGUGUCGAAGAACCUGCUCUACCUGGGCGACAACGUGCUCCUUUCGAACCUCGUCGCCUCAGGCCUGCGGCCGCUCGUGUACAGCGGGACGUUCGAGCGCCGCAAGUCCUACCUCACGAUGUCCGAGAUCGCGACGCGCGCCCACUCCACGGCGGCCGUGUACGACCAGUACGAGGUCUUCAUUCCGCUCGACGUGGCCGGGGACUGCCUCCGCGGCCUCACGCGCCAGCUGUACGGCUCCGCGCAGCUGUCCCGAGGGUUCACGACGCCGAUGCUCGUCAGGUUCAACGCCGGCUCUGACGUGUACCUUUCGCCGACGAACGGCGGUCCGCGGAUGUCCAUCAACCUCGAGGACUACCGCACGCACCAGGGCGCCGGGGACAACGCGGCGUUCAAGGCCGCCGUGCGAUACAUGGUGGACAAGUGCCAGGCGCGCCUGCACUGGGGCAAAGCCGGGUGGGAGCACGGGGUCCUCGAGGACAAUUGCUUUGACGGCGCCGCCGAGUACGGGGCCGACUGGUGCGCGUUCGGCUGCGCGGCGCUCGACCUCGACCCUGCGCGCAAGUUCGCGGGAGACAGCGGGAUCUGGAGCUGGCGGGCGCGGGAGCGCGGGGGCGGCGAGGCGCGCGACCUGGGCGACCUCGCGCAGUGCUGCACCGCGGACGGCUUCGACGCGCAGCGGUGCACGUGCGCGGCGUCGCGCGGGUGCGCCGCCAUCUCGUUCCCUGAGGACGCGGAGGGAUACUGA